AUGGCUGCCAGAGCGUUGGAAUCCAUCGGGAAGUUGGGCCUGGCUGUAGCCGUUGCAGGAGGCGUGGUGAACUCCGCCCUAUAUAACGUGGAUGCUGGGCACAGAGCUGUCAUCUUUGACCGGUUCCGUGGAGUACUGGACAUCGUGGUGGGGGAAGGGACUCACUUUCUCAUCCCUUGGGUACAGAAGCCAGUUAUCUUCGACUGCCGCUCUCGACCGUGGAAUGUACCGGUCAUCACUGGGAGCAAAGAUCUGCAGAACGUCAACAUCACACUGCGUGUCCUCUUCCGGCCGGUGGCCAGCCAGCUUCCUCGCAUCUACACCAGCAUAGGCGAGGACUACGAGGAGCGGGUGCUUCCAUCCAUCACCACAGAGGUCCUCAAGUCUGUGGUGGCUCAUUUCGAUGCCGGAGAAUUGAUUACCCAGCGAGAGCUGGUCUCCAGGCAGGUGAGCAAUGACCUCACAGAGAGAGCAACGACUUUUGGGCUCCUCCUGGAUGACGUGUCCCUGACACAUCUGACCUUCGGAAAGGAGUUCACAGAAGCGGUGGAAGCGAAACAGGUGCUUCAGCAGGAAGCGGAGAGGGCCAGAUUCGUGGUGGAAAAGGCUGAGCAGCAGAAGGCGGCAGCCAUCAUCUCCACUGCGGGUGACGCCAAGGCAGCUGAGCUGAUCGGCGACUCACUAGCCGCAGCAGGUGAUGGCCUGGUUGAGCUGCGCAAGCUGGAAGCUGCUGAGGACAUUGCAAACCAGCUCUCUGGCUCUCCGAAGGUCACCUACCUGCCACCUGGGAGGUCCGUGCUCCGCAAGCUUCCCCAGUGA